AUGGCCAUUCGAGUACUGUUCUUGGCAGCUAACCUACCUGUUCUUUUGGGGGGGUUGCUUUGGAAGUGGGAAGUUCCACGCAAUGGCGAAGAGUUAACAAAGGGCCUCAAACUUUUGGGAUUGAAGCCAGGUCCACUAGGCUACUUCAAUUCCUUCUACAUGGCCUUUACCAAAGCAGAAGCGGACAGAUUUCCCAACCUGGUGUCCUACCACUCGAUGUUGAGAAGGAUGAAAAUCUACAACAUAACUCGGGAAUCUCAAGUCCUUUUGCAUUCAAACAGGAGCAGAUUAAGGAGGGAUGAGUCUAGUGACAGCGACUCGACGGACGGGUCGACGGGCCCCUCCUUCCCCGUUACUGAACCUAGAGGUCCUUGUGAGUCUAAAACAGAAGGGCUUUGUGACAUUUGUCCAGCUACAACUAGACUUGGACCUGAUAAGAGACCCGAGUUUAUUAACGUGAUGGUGUGUAGAGGGCAGCAGUCCUGUGGACAAGGUUCCGUGAGGGGCGAGUGCAAAAAUUCUUCCGUGACUCAAACGUUCUUACAGAGAAUAGGUGUGGAUGAAUGGGAAACUUACUUACAGGAAAUUACUUUGUGCUGCGAAUGUGCACUGUUCGGUUAAUAUGACGUAAUUGUAAAAGAAAUUUCAUGAUUCCUCAGCCUGUAAGCAAGUAAUCGUUGACGAAUAAAAUUCCCAACCAGCGAUGUCAUGCAACAUUCUAUGCGUACCAAAUUUUGACAGUUUUAGUCACGGCUAACGGUUAACCCUAUUCAGAUCUGGGAGGGGUCUUUUGAGUCACUCCCCUGCCCUUCGAUAGAACGUUGAUGACUUCAGUACUGUUUAAGCUAUGACCACCAAACUUGGCGACUUUUACUAAAGUUAUAUGCCUUGGGAACAUUUGAAAGUCGUCGUCAUGUGUACGUGUAGGUCAUUAUUGACGUUACCAUGGCAUCCGAAAGUUUUGACAGCCAUGCCUUUCACAAUGUGCCUUUUUUUCCUACAAAAAGGCCUAAUUUCAUCGGCCUAUGUCCGUGCUUCCCUUACUCUGCAAAGUUUUAGAGCGACAAGCGUUUAAUGAAUUAUGUAAUUAUCUAACAGAGCGUGAUCUCGAUACUGAGAACCAAUCCGGAUUUCCUAAAUACCAUUCCUGCCAGUCAUUAUUGAUCAAGGUAACUGAUUUUCUACUAGGCAGCAUCGAUAGUGGAAAGAUCGCUGCAUGGUUUGUCUAUGAUAUUUCUAAGGAAAGCCUUUGAUCUUGUUGAUCACCAAAUACUCCUAGAAAAGGUAGAGUUAUACGACCUCGGUACGACAGUGGUAGCCUGGUUUUAA